AGGAGCAGGGGCCGCCGGCGCCCCGCCCGGGCUGGUAUGCGGCCGAGAGUGACGCGGGAGGCGGGGUCACGUGACGCCCGUGGAAUGCCAACAAUGUAGCGAAUGUCCCACUUGGGUCUGCGCUUUGGAACCGCGGCGUGAGCGCCCCGGGAAGAUGGAGCAGUCGCCGUCCACGCCACCGCCGCCGCCCGGGGCUCCCCCGUCCCUGCGGGGCCAGCAGCAGCUCCAGCCACCAGUGCCCGGUCUCCCGGCACGCGAGGCCCGGGAGCCGCGGGCCAGGACGUCCCCGAGGGUGUAGACCGCGCCCCUGGAGAGAGUGAUGAUCUUCAAAAUGAAGACUUUGGAAAAUUUUAGGUUCUCCAUAGGAACUACGAAAAUUGAAGGAAAGAACAUUUUCAAAAGAAAAUUAUUUUGAAAGUAUGUUUACAACAAACUGAUACUAUUGACAGUUUUCUUAAAAACAAUAAUAAAACACUUUAAGAAGAUUGUAUUUAUGGUAAAAGGAAACUGGACUAACAAUGAGGCCAAAGACUUUUCCUGCCACAACUUAUUCUGGAAAUAGCCGGCAGCGACUGCAGGAGAUCCGUGAGGGGUUAAAGCAGCCAUCCAAGUCUUCGGCUCAGGGGCUACCCGUGGGCCCAAACAGUGACACUUCCCUGGAUGCCAAAGUCCUGGGGAGCAAAGAUGCCGCCAGACAGCAGCAGCAGAUGAGAGCCACCCCAAAGUUCGGACCUUAUCAGAAAGCCUUGAGGGAAAUCAGAUAUUCCUUGUUGCCUUUUGCUAAUGAAUCAGGCACCUCUGCAGCUGCAGAAGUGAACCGGCAAAUGCUGCAGGAACUGGUGAACGCAGGAUGCGACCAGGAGAUGGCUGGCCGAGCUCUCAAGCAGACUGGCAGCAGGAGCAUCGAGGCUGCCCUGGAGUACAUUAGCAAGAUGGGCUACCUGGACCCCAGGAAUGAGCAGAUCGUGCGGGUCAUUAAGCAAACCUCCCCAGGAAGGGGGCUCAUGCCAGCCCCUGUGACGCGGAGGCCCAGCUUCGAAGGAACCAGCGAUUCGUUCGCGUCCUACCACCAGCUGAGCGGUGCCCCCUACGAGGGCCCGAGCUUCGGCGCCGACGGCCCCACUGCGCUGGAGGAGGUGCCGCGGCCGUACGUGGACUACCUCUUCCCCGGAGUCGGCCCCCACGGGCCCAGCCACCAGCACCAACACCAGCACCCACCCAAGGGCUACGGCGCCAGCGUGGAGGCAGCAGGGGCACACUUCCCGCUGCAGGGCGCGCACUACGGCCGGCCGCACCUGCUGGUGCACGGGGAGCCCCUGGGCUACGGAGUGCAGCGCAGCCCCUCCUUCCAGAGCAAGACGCCGCCGGAGACCGGGGGCUACGCCACCAAGGGCCAGGGGGGCCCACCAGGCGCCGGCCUCGCUUUCCCGCCCCCCACCGCCGGGCUCUACGUGCCGCACCCACACCACAAGCAGGCCGGCCCCACGGCCCACCAGCUGCAUGUGCUGGGCUCCCGCAGCCAGGUGUUCGCCAGCGACAGCCCCCCGCAGAGCCUGCUCACUCCCUCGCGGAACAGCCUCAACGUGGACCUGUAUGACUUGGGCAGCACCUCCGUCCAGCAGUGGCCGGCUGCCACCCUGGCCCGCCGGGACUCCCUGCAGAAGCCGGGCCUGGAGGCGCCGCCGCGCGCGCAUGUGGCCUUCCGGCCUGACUGCCCGGUGCCCAGCAGGACCAACUCCUUCAACAGCCACCAGCCGCGGCCGGGCGCACCCGGCAAGGCCGAGCCCUCCCUGCCCGCCCCCAACACCGUGACGGCUGUCACGGCCGCGCACAUCCUGCACCCGGUGAAGAGCGUGCGUGUGCUGAGGCCGGAGCCGCAGACGGCUGUGGGGCCCUCGCACCCCGCCUGGGUGCCCGCGCCUGCCCCGGCCCCCGCCCCCGCCCCGGCCACGGAGGGCCUGGACGCCAAGGAGGAGCAUGCCCUGGCACUGGGCGGCGCGGGCGCCUACCCGCUGGACGUGGAGUACGGAGGCCCAGACCGGAGGUGCCCGCCUCCGCCCUACCCGAGGCACCUGCUGCUGCGCAGCAAGUCCGAGCAGUACGACCUGGACAGCCUGUGCGCGGGCGUGGAGCAGAGCCUCCGUGCGGGCCCCAGCGAGCCCGAGGGCGGUGAGAAGAGCCGCAAAAGCGCCAAGGGGGACAAAGGCGGGAAGGACAAAAAGCAGAUCCAGACUUCUCCCGUUCCCGUCCGCAAAAACAGCAGAGACGAGGAGAAGAGAGAGUCACGCAUCAAGAGCUACUCGCCCUACGCCUUUAAGUUCUUCAUGGAGCAGCACGUGGAGAAUGUCAUCAAAACCUACCAGCAGAAGGUUAACCGGAGGCUGCAGCUGGAGCAAGAAAUGGCCAAAGCUGGACUAUGUGAAGCUGAGCAGGAACAGAUGCGGAAGAUCCUCUACCAGAAAGAGUCUAAUUACAACAGGCUUAAGAGGGCCAAGAUGGACAAGUCUAUGUUUGUCAAAAUCAAAACCCUGGGUAUCGGUGCCUUUGGGGAAGUGUGCCUGGCUUGUAAGGUGGACACUCAUGCCUUGUACGCCAUGAAGACCCUACGGAAAAAGGAUGUCCUGAACCGGAAUCAGGUGGCCCACGUCAAGGCCGAGAGGGACAUCCUGGCCGAGGCAGACAAUGAGUGGGUGGUCAAACUCUACUACUCCUUCCAAGACAAAGACAGCCUGUACUUUGUGAUGGACUACAUCCCUGGUGGGGACAUGAUGAGCCUGCUGAUUCGGAUGGAGGUCUUCCCCGAGCACCUGGCCCGGUUCUACAUCGCAGAGCUGACUUUGGCCAUUGAGAGUGUCCACAAGAUGGGCUUCAUCCACCGAGACAUCAAGCCUGAUAACAUUUUGAUAGAUCUGGAUGGUCACAUUAAACUCACAGAUUUUGGCCUCUGCACUGGGUUCAGGUGGACUCACAAUUCCAAAUAUUACCAGAAAGGGAGCCAUGUCAGGCAGGACAGCAUGGAGCCCAGCGACCUCUGGGACGAUGUGUCUAACUGUCGGUGUGGGGACAGGCUGAAGACCCUGGAGCAGAGGGCGCGAAAGCAGCACCAGAGGUGCCUGGCACAUUCACUGGUGGGGACUCCAAACUACAUCGCACCCGAGGUUCUCCUUCGCAAAGGGUACACUCAGCUCUGUGACUGGUGGAGUGUUGGAGUGAUUCUCUUCGAGAUGCUGGUGGGACAGCCGCCCUUUUUGGCACCAACUCCCACAGAAACCCAGCUGAAGGUGAUAAACUGGGAGAACACACUCCACAUUCCAGCCCAGGUGAAGCUGAGCCCUGAGGCCAGGGACCUCAUCACGAAGCUGUGCUGCUCUGCAGACCACCGCCUGGGGCGGAAUGGGGCCGAUGAUCUGAAGGCCCACCCCUUCUUCAGCGCUAUGGACUUCUCCAGUGACAUCCGGAAGCAGCCAGCCCCCUACGUUCCCACCAUCAGCCACCCCAUGGACACCUCGAAUUUCGACCCCGUCGAUGAAGAAAGCCCUUGGAAUGAUGCCAGUGAAGGUAGCGCCAAGGCCUGGGACACGCUCACCUCCCCCAGUAACAAGCACCCUGAGCACGCAUUUUACGAGUUCACCUUCCGGCGGUUCUUUGAUGACAACGGCUACCCCUUUCGAUGCCCAAAGCCUUCAAGGAGCGGAAGCUUCACAGUCUGAGAACGCAGAUUUAGAAGCCUCUGAUCUGGUGGAUCAGACUGAAGGCUGCCAGCCUGUGUACGUGUAGAUGGGGGCCAGGCACCCCCACCACUCGCUGCCUCCCAGGUCAGGGUCCCGGAGCCGGUGCCCUAACAGGCCAAUAGGGAAGCCGAGGGCUGUUUUGUUUUAAAUUAGUCCGUCGAUUACUUCACUUGAAAUUCUGGUCUUCACCAAGAAAACCCAAACAACAAGACACUUUUGAAAACAGGACUCAGCAUUGCUUUCAAUAGGCUUUUCAGGACCUUCACUGCAUUAAAACAAUAUUUUUGAAAAUUUAGUACAGUUUAGAAAGAGCACUUAUUUUGUUUAUAUCCAUUUUUUCUUACUAAAUUAUAGGGAUUAACUUUGACAAAUCAUGCUGCUGUUAUUUUCUACAUUUGUAUUUUAUCCAUAGCACUUAUUCACAUUUAGGAAGAGACAUAAAAACUGAAGAACGUUUGAUAAGAAAUCUCUGUGCAAUAAUGUUAAAAAAAAAAAAAAGAUAACCCUCUGCUCAGUGUCACGGAGACCAUUUUAUCCACACAGUGGUUUUUGUUUUUUAUUUUUUCCCACAUUUCAACAUUGUGAUAUAAUGUUAAAAGCUGCUUUUUUUGGCUUUUUGCAUAUUCUAGUAUAAUAGGAAGUGUGAGCAAGGUGAUGUGGCUGUGAUUUCCGACGUCUGGUGUGUGCAGAGUACUGCAUGAGCAGAGUUUUUCUAUUAUAAAAUUACCGUAUCUUGCCAUUCACAGCAGGUCCUGUGAAUACGUUUUUACUGAGUGUCUUUACAUGAGGUGUUGCAGACAGUGUGCUGAUAAUGUAUUGUGUGGACAGCAGGUCCUGUGAAUACGUUUUACUGAGUGUCUUUACAUGAGGUGUUGCAGACAGUGUGCUGAUAACGUAUUGUGCGGACAGCAGGUCCUGUGAAUACGUUUUUACUGAGUGUCUUUACAUGAGGUGUUGCAGACAGUGUGCUGAUAACGUAUUGUGCGGGUGACCUCUUCGCUAUGAUUGUAUCUCUUACUGUUUUGUUAAAGAAAUGCAGAUGUGUAACUGAGAAGUGACGUGUGUGUGUGUGUCUUGGGUGUGAUUGGAUUCUUUUGUGGGGUGGGAAACUGAAACAUUUGUCAUAUACUGAACUUAUAUACAUCAAAAGGGAUUAAUACAGCUAUGCCAAAAAUUUUUAAAUUAAUCAUGGACACACGUCCAUUUCUCUAGUCCAUAUGCUCUUUCAUUCUUGGUAGAGCUGGUAUGUGGAAUGCCAUACCUCUGACCCUACUACUUAGCUUUUUACUGACAGACUGCCCACACUGAAAGCUUCAGUGAACGUUCUUAUUCCUGUUUUCUUCUGUUACCAUCAGGAAACUGAGCGAUCUAACGGUUCUCUCACUUUUUUUGUUUGUUUGUUUUAGUGUGCUUUGAAGUGUCAAAUCUUAAGUUGGUUUAAACAAUACAUAUUUCUAUCCUUUGUAAAAAAGCAAAGAUUCUUCAAAAUGACAUUGGAAUAAAAAAAUAAGCCAUACAUAUUUUCUUAGAAGUAUAGAUGUAUGUGUGUGUGUAUACACACACACACAAACACUAUUCCUUAUUUCAAAUUAGUAUGAUUCCUAUUUAAAGUGAUUUAUAUUUGAGUAAAAAGUUCGAUUCUUUUUUGCUUUUUAAAAAAUCUGAUGCUUCGUAAUUUUCAUUAUAUUAUUCCACAUAUUUUUCCUUGAAGUUCUUAGCAUAAUGUAUCCAUUACUUAGUAUAUAUCUAGGCAACAACACUUAGAAGUUUAUCAAUGUCUAAACUAAAAAAAUAAAGAUUCCUGUGUACUGGUUUACAUUUGUGUGAGUGGCAUACUCUGAAGUCUGCUGUGCCUGUCGUCGUGACUGUCAGUAUUCUUGCUAUUUUAUAGUCGUGCCAUGUUGUUACUCAUAGCACUCUGACAUACUUUCAUGUGGUAGGUUCUUUCUCAGGAACUCAGUUUAACUAUUAUUUAUUGAUAUAUCAUUGCCUUUGAAAAGCUUCUACUGGCACAAUUUAUUAUUAAAAUUUUGAAUCCAAA